GCUGUGCUGGGGUUGGAGUCUCGGCAAAGGGCGGGGCGGGACCAGGGAAGUUUGUUCCCCGAGUUCGGAGCCCAGGAGCCCUAGCUGCUGCCGCGCAGGAGCCCUCGGCCUGGGUCCGGAUGGAGCUGCCUGCGGUGAACCUGAAGGGGCUGCAUCGUGUUCUCGGGCUCCUAUGCCUGGGCCAACUUCACCAUCCUGGCUUUGGGCGUGUGGGCUGUGGCUCAGCGGGACUCCAUUGACGCCAUAAGCAUGUUUCUGUGUGGCUUGCUGGCCACCAUCUUCCUGGACAUCGUGCACAUCAGCAUCUUCUACCCGCGGGGAAAUCUCACGGACACGGUCCGCUUUGGCGCGGGCAUGGCCAUCCUCAGCUUGCUGCUCAAGCCGCUGUCCUGCUGCUUCAUCUACCACAUGUACCGGGAGCGCGGGGGUUUCCUUGGAUCUUCUCAGGACCGUAGUGCCUACCAGACGAUUGAUUCACCAGAGACACCCGCAGAUCCCUUUGCAGUCCCAGAGGGCAGGGGUCAAGAUGCCCGAGGGUACUGAAGCCAGCCACGCUGCACCCGGCCCCACCCCAGGUUCUAGGGAUGUUCCUGACCUCCAUCUCUGGGACCUAAGAUGGAAUGUGUCUCCAGCUCACAGGUUACCUGAACCAAGUACCCUGAGAGGCCAGGAGCCCCCAUGGGCCACCUAGUGCCACCCACACUCCUGUCCCAAACUCCCGGAGGCCUCCCUCCCUUCAGGGCACCCGCUGGUUCCCGGGCUGGAAUGAAGAUCUUUCUUCAUCUCCUACCCCAUCAUGGCACCACAGAGGCCCCCAGCCGAGUCCUGCCUGACUGUGGCAGGCUCAGGCCUUUAAGUCCUGGUGAUGCCUGUUUGUCGGGCUUUGGGGGAAGCCCUGAGAGCUUCAGGUCUGCUCAGGCCCCAGGAGCAGUCUGGCAUGGGAGUGAAGUCCUGUGCGUCUCACUGCCUGGUCACGUGGUUCCUAGCUACCCAGGGCUGGAGGCCAGAGGCAUCAGCAACACUGACACACCACAGCCUCCAGCCUCCCUUUCAGAGCCACAGCAUUAAAGUUUGGGGAGUUCUGUAGAUGGGCUGUGUUUUGAGCCACUUUCAGUCUCCUGGCUGGGGUGGGGACCGGCCUUGUUCCUGGGAAGAUUUCUCCUGCCAAUUCCCAGGUGGAGCCUGCGCUGGGCCACCCCAUUCUGUUGUGGCAGGAGGAAAUGGGCAUGUUCGUUGGCUGAGCUGGGCUUCUGCCUGGCUCUGGCCUAGCAGAGGCCACAGCAGAGAGACACUGCUGGGUGUGGUGUGUGGCAUCCAUUUCUCUGAACCAGAUGACCCAAGCACUGAUAUGAAUCCUACUCUGCCACUUACUAGCUGCGUGCCUUCAGUGUCUUCUAGAAAGGGUGGGUGCCUGCUCCAGGUAUAAAGCGCCUGGCAUGAGGAGGGCUCCCUAAGUGAUGGCGAAGUUGUUAGUGGACUUGCUCCUCGAGCCUGUGAUCAUGCUGGGUUAGGUGGCAGGGGCGACCCCUUCCUGGCAGCCCUUGUGUCUGGUCACAGCUGACUUGGGCUGAAUCAUCCAGAAGCUCCCCAGGGCCCGGACCUUCCCCACUGACAGGUCUGGCUCUCCACAGCUUGCUCUUCUUCCCCCUGGGCCCCAAGUGCCAGGACCUUCCCGGGCAUCCUGGCUUGUCCCGGGCACAGGGUCAAGGCCUAGUGCACAGCCCCCAUCAUUCACUUGUGUCCAUUUGUCAAUCAAAAGAGGCUGAGUACCUGCCUGGUGCCAAGCGGGCUGGGGGCUGCAGUGGUGACCUUUGGAGCCUGCUCUCUCGACCUAGGAGUCUUCCCACCUGGAGGAUGACAGACGAGGCAAGAGCCCCAAAAGAAGGGGACAUGGGCCUCUGGGCCCGGAAGGAAGGCUGCUGUGGGGAAGGGGCUAUGCUCUGAGGGCUGCCGAGCAGCAGCAGUUGUGAGAAACUGGAAACAGCCUCGCUGUCAGGAGAUGGACUAGUAAGCCACGGUCCAUUCAUUAGAGGGAGCACGGACCAGUAAGCCACGGUCCCUUUACUACAGGGAAUAUGGACUAGUAAGCCAAGGUCCACUGUAAGCCACAGUCCAUUCAUUAUAGGGAGUACCCACCAGUAAGCCACGGUCCAUUCAUCAUGUGGAGUACAGUGCAGUAAGCCACAGUCCAUUCAUUAUAAGGAGUAUGGACCAGUAAGCCACAGUCUGUUCAUCGUAUGGAACCCGGUGCAGCAGUUACAGCAGAUAAGCCAGACCUAUUUCUACCAACGAUGGUCCCCA